AUGCAGCUGCCAACAGGGCAGCCGUAUAGGGAGAACAGCACACUGUUGCCCAGUGCACCCGUGGCCCCAGAGCCCCCAUGCUGCCCCUUGAAGCAGAGAGCACCUCGAUGCCGGCCUCAGAAGAGGGACGCACACCGGGGUUGGCAAGCAUGUGGGGGAAGAUUGCUGGUGCAGGAUAGGACUAAUGUAGGUGGCAGCAAAGUUGACAUUUUCAAUCUUUUUCUCUCUUUCACAGAGCUGAUUGACCAGCAGCACCUGAGAAUUCUGCUACAAAAUGAAAUCUUUACAGACUUCUUUAAUACAUUCUUGAACCUUCCUGUAUUUGGCCAGACACCCAUUUUCAUCAGUGGCAGUCGUCAGUGGCACCUUUGGCCAGAGAUGCCAUCCAACCUGGUGGCAAAAUACAAAGGCUUGUUAAACUGGCUGGAAAAAUACCGAGUGCCUUUCUUCUGCAAAACUAACUUGUGCCUUCACUAUAUUCUCUGCGAAGAGCUCGUCAGUUUCAUCCGGUCUCCAGAAGCUGCAGAGAUGCUGAGAUGGAAACGGGCUGAUCAGUGGCUUCUUGAGAAAUGUAUUGCUGGCAGCAGAGGAAUGUGGCGUUUCCGCUCCUUCAUGCAAGGGAUGGCAGGGGAAGAUCUGACCAAGUUCUGGCUUGCGGCAGAAAGAAUACUUGCUAUUGAUGAAACAGAUGAGUCUCAGCAAGAUCUCUACAUAUCCCUGAUGCAGGUCUUGAUGGCCACCCAUUUGCAGGAGGGCUCCACAGUUGUCACCCUAUGCAACACAAGUGUUGAAUCUCUUCUGAAAACGUCUCCCCACCACCCUCAACAUGCUCGCACGCGGAGAGAGAUCCUGAGUGAGAUGCAGAAAGUGGCACUGUUUAAGAUUGAAAGUUACUGGCUGCCUAACUUCUACAUACACUGCAAGCUGAGCAUGGAGAAUGAGCCAAAAUGCCGCCAUUUGCUCAAGGAAUAUCAGCAGCGAUUACGCAAAGGAAGCACUCCAAGGUUUUCCCUGUCUCCCUCACUGGCAAUGACCAUCAGAGCAAGUUGUGACACAACCACAUCAUACUGCAGCCUGAAAAGCAAAAGGAUGGCCUGGGAACACAUCACGGGCAGAAGUGUUUCCCGCAAAGGGAAACGUAAGGGCCACCGCAAACAAAGGUCACGUAAAAGCAGUCCAACUGACAGGAAGCGCCACCACUCUGGAAAGCAUUCCACCAGUCCAAGCCCAAGUCCUCACCGAGCAGAUCAUGAUAAGGAUGACGAGACCAAUUCUGAUAUAUUACCAAGUUGCAAAAGCAGUCCAAAUAGCCCAGGUAGUUUCCCCUACUCUCCUGUGGCCGAUGAGAUUGCUGAGAUGGGCACUGUGAGUAGAUUACGCUCCUCCACUCCAAUGGUCCAGGUUCCCUCGAUGCUUGCUUUGAAGUCUCCUGUGAAGUCUCCCAUGUGCUUAGACUUCCUUCCUUGGGCACUCACUGCUGACAAAUGUGCAGGACGCCCCUUCCGAAACUUUUUACUUUGUCGGACUUAUGCUAUGGAGGUGCAUCUCCUUGAUCUGUGGCACGACCUGGAAGACUUCCUGCGCAUGAUGUUGUGCUCCCUUGGUGAAGGGAACAUCCUUCUGCGCCACGUCAUGGGGGAAAGGAUAUGUGAGCUGUACCUCACCCAGAACAACAACUGGCACCUUCCAUUGAAGCUCACAACUCUUAGGAAUUUGCAGAACCUCUUGCCUUCUGGACACGUUAUACCAUGGGUGCUCAAGGCGCAGAAGGAAAUCUGCAAGAUACUCAGCUUUCUCUAUGAGGAUUUCCUUCAGCAUGACGACAAAAUGUUUCUGUUUUAUGUGAGUGGGAAGGAAAAGAAAACUAAUGAAGAGCCACCUUACGAACACGACGAGAGCCUCCGAAUGAUCAGAAGGAUAAUUGAAUCAAUGCAUCUCAGCCAGGCCUUGGCUGGCAUGAGAGACUUUGAUCUGCUUUCUGGAGAGCACUGGCGACUGCUGGGAACCCAGGAUCUGAACAAGGGGGGCUCCAUCUUCAUGGAAGUGGAAUCUCCUGUGUGGAAACAUGACUACAAGACCAUGCCUUUUGAUGAGUUGGCUUGGUUGAAUCCCAAGAUGGCAGUGGAACUUUUGAGUGAGAACUUCAGGGCCUUCUGCAAGUCAUGUGAAACUGGUGCAGAUAAAACUGGAAACGUGGGCAUCCUCAGGUUUAAAUCAUAUCAGGGUUUAUAUCCUUCCAGUGAUAUUUCAAUUGCAGUAACUGGUCCGAAGGCAAGGAGGAGCUCCGUGAUAACGGACAAACUGAAAAAAUGCUGGUGUGCACUUGGAGGAUUGAUCAAGACUGUCUGCAGGUUUCGCAAGGCAAUGAGCUAUGUGUCACAGCGCAAACGCUUUGAAGAAUUCCUCCAGCGGGAACUAAAAAAUGAUAAGGAAAAUAUGCCAGUGACAACACGACAAAGCAUUAGUGGACCUAGUGGACGCCAUGCUCCACAUUCAGGCGGGUCAGAUGAUAUCGAAGUGGUUCAAGUGAGGCGGAAGAUCUUUGGGAACCGUAUCAUCCUGGUCAACUUCUUAGUUAAUGACCUGUAUUUUUACCUGGAGAUGGAAAGAUUUUUUCAUGUGGCUGACUCUGUGGUAGUGUUGGCAGCCCUUGGGUUGUAUACAGAAAAAGAUAUUGCCUUUCUGAAGAGCAAAGUGGUCACCAUCAAUAAACUUUUUCUGAAUUCAGAUAUCCCACCCAAACUGAGGGUCAACCUCACAGACUCGCAAGUUACUCAGAUCCGGAAUCAAAUUGCGGAAGGCCAAAUCAAUAGAACUCUUUACCAUAGUGCUAUCAUGUCUAUUUUCCCAGUUUUAUUAUACUUCUGGAAGAAAUAUUGUCACUGGAAGGUAAUGAGGAGCUUUAAAAAAUUUAAGAGAGAAAAAUCAACAAUUUCUCCUGCAUCACCACCAACUCCCUCAAAAAUAUCUAGGAAAGCUAGUAUUUUCACUGGUUCGGAAGACCACCCAAUUAUCAGAUAUUCUAUUCUGAAAGGAAUCCAGCUGUUGCUGCCUCAGCCUCGGUAUUAUACAGACGAAGUACCUGGAGAGAAAUCUUCAAUUGGAAGUUUAACCAACUAUGGAAAAUCUCCGUCUGCUAUCUAUGGAGCACAGAGACGGUAG